GCUCGUGUCGUGGCAGGCGACAGGCGAAUCUGUCCAGUUCGACUGCCUCUCUGUCGUGUUCAAGUGUAAACAAUUCGUGCUCUUUACUUCAACGCUGAGCAAUGCCCAAAGUGUCCACCAUCAUCGCGUUGGUCGUAGGAUGGUCGGUGUUCACCGUACACCUCUAUACCUGGUAUGUGGGCGACCAUCCUAACGACGACGGCGACCAUCCUAACAAGGGCGACCAUCCAAACAAGGACGACCAUCCUAACGAUGACGGCGACCAUCCUAACAAGGGCGACCAUCCAAACAAGGACGACCAUCCUAACGACGACGGCUACACCAGUCGUUACGAAGAGGGGCGGCGACAGAGGGCGCCACAGAGGCAGCACCAGAGGAAGCUGCCCGGGAAGCUUCUCUGUGGGGAGAGCGGGGCGCCGCGCACGGGCAGGCUCUGUCUUAGCAACACAAGUCUCCUUGUCGACGGUAACAACUUGUGGAGUGCCAAGCUGUGCGCGGGCUUGGAGCAGCUCUUCGGCAACACCACCGUGGCCGACCUCGGGGCGGGCCUGGGCCACUACGGCAGGUGCUUCCUCCGCAGGUCAGAGGGCAUACUGAACCACCCCAACAAGGUGGAGAUUGAAAAUAUCAACAAAGAUUACCUGCACCAAAUGGACAUGGCCGGGCUUCUUGGCACCCCUCGGGUCAUCCACUCAUGGAACGGAUGGGACGGAGCGGCGAACAUCGAUGAGUUCACCAACGGGAGGAUAGCGUCAGCGGACCUCUCCAGCCCCGCGACCCUCGGGGGUCCCUUCGACUGGGUGAUGAGCCUGGAGGUGGGAGAACACAUCCCAGAGUCCGGCGAGAAGAACUUCCUGGACAACCUGGUCAAGCACGCCUGCGUGGGGGUGGUAAUGUCGUGGGCGACCCAGGGGCAGUCCUGCCUUAACUGCCGCUCCAACCACUAUAUAACAAGGAAAAUGGGGGUCCGAGGACUGAAGCUCGAUAUGUACGAAACGGUGAAGCUGCGGACGCUUGCUGACCUUCCUCGUUUCAAUAACACUUUAAUGGUAUUCAGAUUUCGAACGCGGAGAUGCUGAGGUCUGUUGUACAUUCUAUGACCAUGAGGCGUUGCUUUAUCUUCCCCAUGCCCACCUCACGCAAUUCUUCUCUGCCCAACUCUCCCAUGCCCUCCCUCCCCAGCCUACCUCUUCCUUUCCCACCUCUUCCCUGCCCAUCUGUUUCCUGCAUGCCUAUCCUUCCUUCCUUCCCGGAGUCAACAUAUCGUAAGGUUCGUGGGGUGAUCGUAGAUUUAGGUUUUAUUCACUUGUAAACAGGUUAUGUUAUUGUAAACAGGUUAUGUUAAAAUACAUGUAAACAGAUUUACGAGCUGAGAUGUAGCGUGAAUAAUCUUCAUAAUAUACUGUGUGGACUGAGUGUUUACUUUAAAACUGAAGUUAGUACGUAAAUAAUAGGUUUUAAUGCCGUCAUGUGAACUCUAUAUCUCAUAAAUUAAUUCAUUCAAUUAAAUAAUGUAAUUAGUGAAGUGAAUAAAUUUGUAAAAUAAGGUUUGACAGCAGUUAUGUGAAGCUUUACAACCUUGUCACCUCUCUGCCAUUUGAGUCACAAAACAGUAAAUAAAA